AUGAAUUCCAAAAAUAACAGAGGAGGGACCCCAUCUCAAACAGAUAGAUAAAUUCCUUACAGCCAUCAGAUUAUCAAUCAGCACUUAUAGGAAAAAGGUAUCAUUGAUUUGGUUUACGAGAAUAGGGAUAUUUUCUAAGAUUCAUUCCUUGUAAAAAUAAGUGCAAUAUCCAGGCAGCUCAUCGAAAAAGAAGUAAAGUGCAAUAAAGAGGCCAUCAACUGGUAGAACCUCAGUUUAAAAACUUACUCAAAUGCAAAAUAUAAUUGUUCCUACUUAGUAGAUUCAACCAUUGAUGAAUAAUCUAUUUGCUGA